AUGACAUGGCACGAUCGACGCUUGGCGCAUCAAUUUGAUCGACCAAUCUUAAUCAACGAUGAAAAUACACUUAAGAAAAUUUGGCGUCCAUCAACAUUUUUCCAAAACGCCAAAGAGACAGAAUAUCACCGGAUGACAACGAUAUUUCCCAAUGGCGAAAUUUUCUUCGAGACUCAGCUUGUUACUUUUAAUUAUGAUAGAAACAUAAUAUAG